CCUUCUUCUCCUUUUUUAUCCUUAUAGCCAUAGAUUAUGCCUAAAACACUAACGGAAUCCGAAGUAGAGGCUACUUUCGCGAAGCUUAAAGCAGCAGACCCCGACAGGAAAGUCGAUAUCAUACAGUUCUUUGGGUUGCAGCUUGAAGAUGUAGAAGAGCUUCCAGCGAGUGUUAUUGACCCCUUCCUCCUCAUUUUACCUCCUCUCAUCCGUUCACCUCACUCCCUUCUGCUAUCCUCCGUUCUCUCUUCCUUCCUCCCAUACUUUCUCCCUCUCAUUCCUAAGCACCCCACGACCCAUUUACGCCUAGCCCUCCUUCAAGUCCUUCCAGCGCUACUAGAAAAACUCAAUGACGCAAAAGAGAGAAUACACUCGGCAGCGGGCAAUGCGAUCGUUAUUCUGGGGGAACUGAGUUGGGAAGCCGAACCGCCUAUACCAGCCUCAAACCUCAAUUCAAGUGGUAGUCUAAAGGCUGGAAGUCUAUCAUCAAGUACGGCCACUAAAUCAAAACCGCACGAAACACUUCCUCAUUUAUGGGAAAGACACCUAAAAGAUGUGCUUCAAGGCAAAGCUUGGCGGUCGAAAGUGGAGGGUAUGAAGGUGUUAACAAAGAUGAGAAGUAAAGAAGGUGCUAAAAUGGGGCUUAAGGCAUGGCUAGGGGUUCUAGUCGAUCUAUUGGAGGACGGAGAUGGGAAUGUUAGGGACCAAGCCAGGGAGACCGUCGUUGAGCUCUUAUCGCCUCCCUCGACCCCACCCGCUGCUCGAUCGGAAUUCAAAAGGCUGCUAGUCGCGAGAAACGUACGAAAGACCAUAGCAGAUGAUAUCAUCACACGUAUUCUUAGUGGUGAAGGGUCUGACCGCUCUACGCCUGCCGUUAUGAAUUCUGAAUUGGGUAAGGAGGAAGGUGCUAGUAGGUCAGGAGCGGCUGCUCCUGCUCAUUCACAAGCAGAUGAUGUAGAUAUCGUCUAUGUCGCCUCUCCACAAGACCUCGAGAGAGAGUUCCACUCUAUGUUGCCUUUCUUUGAGGGUAAAGAGACUGAAGAAAACUGGGCACCAAGGGAGAGAAGUAUCGUUCGCAUACGAGGCAUGAUGAAAGGACAAGCACAUGUCAAGUAUCAGGCUGCUUUCAUAGCCGGAUUGAAGGGUGGCAUUGUGGAAGGAAUGUCAAAGACAGUACUAAGUCUGAGAACAACAGUGGCACAACAAAGCUGUUACCUUCUCAAAGAGCUUCCAGAAGGCUUAGGGGCGGCGUUUGACAACUUUGUCGAAUUCCUUUUACCUAUACUAGGGAAGAUGUCUGGCUUUACCAAAAAGCUCAUCGCUGAUCGCUCCCAAACCGCCGUAACAUCUAUUAUCACUCACACUACCGUUCAUCCCCGUAUUUUCAUCAAUCACAUUUCUUCCGGUAUCCAAGAAAAAAAUGUCCAGAUUCGUGCCUACUCAGUCAACCAUCUCAAAACAUUUCUCAUUGUCCAUGCUUCACAUGCCAAGCACCAAAUCGAAGCGACGCCAGGUCUGAGUGAUACGCUGGAUGCUGCAUUCAGGAAAGCAUUGGCAGACGUAAACCCGGGUGUGAGAGAAGUGACAAGACAAGCAUUCUGGAGGUAUCAUGAAGUGUGGAGAAGCAAAGCAGAAGUCUUGAUGAACAGUUUGGAUGGGCAGGCGAGGAAGCAGCUCGAGAAAGCUAAUCCGAGGACGGCGGCUUCCCCUAUGCCUUCAUACGCUUCUUCAUCAUCUACCGGUGCUCCAAGCUCUGCAAAUACAAAGCCCCCAUCUAAAAAGAUGGACCUCAAGGCGAUGCUUGCAGAAAGGAGGCGAGCCGUGAAAGAAGCUGGCAAACAAGCACAAGAGACGAAUGCAGGAUCUCCUAGAGUGGUGUCGAACCCAGUGUUUGCUUCACCGGGAGUUCAACACGCUUCCAUCACGGGUCUACCAAGAUCGAGCUCUGCUGUCGGGAUUGCAAGACAUGUCGAAACCUCCAGCCCUAGCCCCGUCCGUUCACCCACACCUAGUUCAUCGGCUACUCGCAUUAGACCUUCACCCUCUCCCGAACGUAUUCAAUCCCCUAUCCAGACGAAGAUCGAGAUCGACUCGCCCCUGCGUUCGCGAUAUACAAGCCUUACGCCAGAUUUGGCAAGAAGCCCCCCCAAAUCACCAUCUCCAUCUUUAAGUCCGAGUCUGGGAUUGGGCGAAUCCCCGUUGAGACAGGUCUUGACUUAUCCAGCAGCUAAUGGGCGUCACUCAGUUGGGGAAGGAAAAAGAGCGAUACCCGAGCUUGUAGAGGUGGCUGACAAUGGUGCUGAACAUGAAGUUGACGAGCUUACGCUGAAGGAAGGACAAAAAACUAGAGAUGAUGGUAAUACGGACCAGGAACUUCCUCCGACGGUGCAGGAAGAAGUGGACCAGGUUGAACAGAGCCAACAAUUCGAAUCCGAGCCUCGGUUAGAGCACCCCGAACCUCAACAGGGUAAUACCUUCUCUACCUCAACUUCCGGUCGUGUGCCAUCGACCCCCGCACGAUCGAUAGCAACAGGUACAACCGCAUCUUUACCUAAUUCGCGUAAUGGAAACAUCAAAGGCGAAAAGAUAAUCAGCUCGAGGCUCAAUCCUGAGGCAUUCCAAACGCCGCUCAACCCCAAGACUAGUGCUCUUAGAAGCAGCAGUGCUAUUCGUACUCCAGCAUGGAAGGACUCUCCAAGACCAGAAGCGGUGACUCCUCAGAUGAUGCAGAAGCUGAAGGAGAGACGACAUGAGAGGAGUUGGUGGGUGAAAAGGCAAGAGUUGUUGGAAAAGGCUUCGCCUCUCAAACCUCUUACCCCGUCACCUUCAUUUGCGAUAUUGCCUGAUAUAGAAGCCCUGGAAUUGGGCGCACCGACGCUCAAGAAUCUCCAGAAAAUCGCACUCUUCUGCAGCUCGCAUCCUGUCCGUCCUGAACCAACUGCCGAACAGGAUGAAGAGGAAAAAAGAGCGUUUGAAGAGGAGAAGAGAGUCUGGACAGGGCUGUUUGAUAGGGUCAUGAAUGGCGUAGUAGACUUCUUAAGACCAGACAAGGACAAAGAACUUCUCGAGCAAGGACUGGUUGUCCUUUGGGAAAUCGUUCAACACCAAUGGCCAUUGGUCGAUGAUACGCAGAGACUGUGCCACGGGUUGUUCAGAUUGAGGGAAAGUUCUGAUGCCGUUGUACUCGAGUCGACUAACGCUCUGAUAUCCCUCCUCGUCCAAAUCUCUGACCCGAUGCUUCUCCUUUGCAAUCUCCGUUCAUCUCUCGAUCGUUUCCUUACUAAACACCCUGCCCCGCCCUCAAGCUCUGCGGACAAUUCCGAUCCAAUGACCAGUGCCCUCUCACAACUGUCACUCUCGAGCUCCAAAGAAUCGCCUGAGAAGAGGACGAGGAAUUCGGGCUAUCUAUUCGGGCUUACAAGUAUUGGUAUGUGCGUAUUGAGAUUAUCGGCGCCCGUGAUUGUUUCCGAAGGCCCAAAACUAGGUCAGAUUGUCAUGGAAGCAAUAAACGAUCCAUCAUCCAUCAUCCGCCAGGCUGCCCACUCUCUUCUACUGGCCAUUCAAUGCGUUACUCAUGAUUCCAGAAAAACACUUGCCUUUGUGCCUGCUAUGUCACAGGGUCAGAAAGAUCUCGCGGUAUAUUAUAUGGCACAAAACGGGGUCUUGGAGCAGAUUGGACUUCAUAAAAAAGCAACUAGUGAAGGAGAAAAAGGCAGGGAAGGCGACAGGGAUAAUAUGACUGGCGAGUUGGCAGGGUUGAUGUCGAGAGGGGUGAUAAGGGAGUGAGUGAAGGGGAACCUGUCAGAAUCAUUGUAUAGCAUAUCUCCCCAAAGAAAUUUGAGGGUAAUCGAUUUACUAUUUUUUUACCUAUAUAAUCAGAAAUGCCUUGCCAGGCUCUCGAAUUUCCGUCAGAUUCCGAUGACGACCAUGCUGGAUCUCGAUUACACUAUCAGACUACUUAGGACUCAAUGGUCUGCCUGAUAAUACAUGACUCUACUUGCAUUGAUUGUAACCUAUGAAUGGAAUGGAGC